UAUGCUUAUACCAUGACAUAAGUAUAUGAUAUAAGAUCAGACGACAUACUGGUAUUUCGAGUCUCUCAAAGCCAUGUCCACGCGAACAGAGGAACUCGCCAGGUUCAGGGAAAUCGUUGCAACUGACGGAUGGGAUGCUACAUGGAAAGAACAGGUGACACCAUGGGAAGCGUGGGGUGGACGAGAGAUCCAACCUCCUUUGCGGGAUAUUAUCGAAUCCGAUAGGGUGGAAUGGCCACGACAAGGUCAAGCGCUCGUCCCAGGCUGUGGAAGGGGUAACGACGCGAGGUUCAUCGCGGCCAGUCUAGGAUUAAAAGUAACUGGCAUCGAUAUAUCUCCUACGGCUGUCGAGGCAGCCCAGCAAGAAACUCCCCACGAGAACGUGUCGUUCCGUGUUGGAGACUUUUUCGCGCCGACAGAUGAGCAGUUCGACUUGAUAUACGAUUACACAUUUUUCGUAGCCCUUCCCCCGUCGAUGCGCCCAGAGUGGGGAAGACAGAUGGCUAAGCUCGUCAAGACUGGCGGAUUCCUGAUUACCUUGGUAUUCCCACUCGAUCCGCAGGUGGACUUUGGACCGCCUUUUUUCGUACGGCCAAAUCAUUAUGAAGAGGUCCUUGGAUCUGUGUGGGAGAAAGUUAUUGACGAGGUGCCCGCUGUGAGUUCAGCCACUCACAUAGAUCGGGAGAGGAUUGUAGUUUGGAAACGCCUCUGAAGUCGUGGAAGGUAUGUCGACAAGCCGCGAACAUGGCUUGUUACACUCCAUUUUGUAAUAGUAAGAUCCAUCUAUCCGAAUGUCCAACUACACAAUCGGAGUCGGACCGGGGCGUCCAGUGAGCAAUCUAAAUUGAAAUAUAUAAUGCUACCCAUUAAAGGUACGUAUCAUAAUACUCAUAAGUAGCUAAAGGGGGAGAUCAGCGCAGAAGCGGAUAAUGCAG